AUGUCCGGUUCACCCCCUCGUAAGGGCCUGCGACAAUGCGUCCACGUUGGAAGUAAUGUCACGCUAAACUUCCGACUUUUCUCAGUGCAUAAACAAAGGAGCUCUGAUAUCGAUGGGCUACACGACGAAGACUGCGAGCCAUUCCUUCAGAUCAAUGAAGCGAUCCCUAGAGGAACUCAGACAGCUGACAAGGACGAAGAGCCCCAAGCGGAAGUAGCAUCGGAGCUGCGUCGCGUCAAGAAAGAGCUAGAAAACGCGGAAAAUGUUAUUGCGCACCUUUCUGAAAGGGUAGAUACAUACAGGUAUAGAUGGCUGGAAGAAUACUACCGCGCCGACAACCUGGAGCGCCAUAUGCCAUGUGACGUCCAUGUGCCUGUGCUUGGUCAAAUUCCAGAGGGCAUGGUGUCCCCCGCUUUCUUUCCAGAGCUCUUCACCUGGAAUGAAGCUUCAGAACGGGGAGAUGGUCAACUGUUAGAACGGCAGAGCACGAAGAGCACCGCACCUGGUGAAGGGGAGAAUGAUGGAGCUGAGCAGAAUCUAUUGGGAGAUAAAAAUAUUGGCGAAUGA